AGCAGCGGAGAGAGAUGGCAGGCAUGGGCGAUAUGCCGAUGAGGCCGCGGCCAGGCCCGCCGAUGCAACACCGCGGGCCGCCUCCCAUGGCGCGCGCACGCCCCGAACCCAUCGACCGCGAGAAGACCUGCCCUCUCCUGCUCCGGGUGUUCACAAAGGUUGGUGGACAUCACGUAAAUGCAGAUUUUGCUGAGAGAGGGAAGGAGCCUAAAGAUGAAGUUCAGAUUUACACGUGGAAGGAUGCCACACUCCGCGAGCUGACUGACCUUGUAAAAGAGGUUGCUCUUCCAGCAAGGAACAGAAAUGCUAAGUUAUCUUUUGCUUUCGUGUACCCGGAUAAGAAUGGUCGCUUUGUUGUCAAACAGGUGGGUACAACCUUUUCUUAUGGUGGAAGAGGGGAUGAUACCAAAUCUCUUGCUGAUCUGGGCUUCCAGAUAGGGGAUUACUUGAGCGUUUCGAUCAUCUGAGCGAAGAAUAGUUGUCUGCUCUACACCAGGCACACUGUUUAUCUGUUGCGUAACCUGAAGCUGUGCGUGCGAAGGGAUGAAACUCUCCAGUACUAGGGGUUUGGAACUAUUAACUGCUGUAAUGUUGGCAACUUGUCAAAUUAACUCUGUAUCUGAGCACCAAGAUCUGCAAUGUGGUUGCGUAUUAUUUAUAUGUUCUCUGUA